AUGCCCCCAAAUGCCCGGACCGACGUACCGCGACCUUCACAGUUUGGAAUCAGGGACUUUGAGGAGCUCGUCAUACCGACAGACGAUGGGGAGAAGCUGUCGGCAUUCUAUAUCCGCAGCCCACGCGACGGCCGCAACUCGAAAUGCACAAUUCUCAUGUUCCAUGGGAAUGCUGGCAACAUUGGCCACAGACUACCCAUAGCACGCAUGCUGAUCAACUACGUCGGCUGUAACGUCUUCAUGCUCGAGUACCGUGGUUACGGUCUGUCCACUGGCGAGCCUGACGAGAAGGGUCUCAUGAUCGAUGCGCAAACCGCUCUCGACUACCUGCGCCAAAGAGCCGAGACAUCGAGUCACAAGAUCGUGGUCUAUGGACAAAGCCUGGGAGGGGCGGUGAGCAUUAAACUGGUUUCCAAGAACCAGAAUGCGGGAGACGUCGUCGGCCUCGUGCUCGAGAACACAUUCCUCUCCAUGCGCGCCCUGAUCCCGUCCGUCAUUCCGCCGGCCAAGUACCUCACACUGCUCUGCCAUCAAGUUUGGCCGAGUGAGACUGUUCUGCCGUCAAUCACAGAGGUCCCCAUCCUGUUCAUCAGUGGGCUUCAAGACGAAAUUGUCCCGCCCGUCCACAUGCGGCGUCUUUUCGAGAUCGCCACGACACCAACCAAGAUUUGGAAACCCCUGCCUGGCGGCGACCACAACUCGAGCGUACUGGAGGAGGGCUAUUUCGAGUCCAUCUCCGAGUUUGUCUCCAACGUCGCCGGCACGGAGAAAUGA